AUGCGGCCUGUUCACCGUCCGCUGGGCGCCUUUGCCCUCGCAGGCCCCAAGCCUCGCUAUGUCUCUCGCACCAGCCAUGCAAAGUCGUCUCUCGCCACCACGUCCACGACGUCCUCCUCCAAAGAGACCUGGCAACAUCCGCCGUCUAAGAAAGACAACCUCUCUCCCCUCGCCAAGCUCCCUCUCUCCGCCGUUCUGCGGUCCUUGAUGAUCCUCUCGGUGUCUUCUUCCUCUCUCCUGCUCAAGCCCUGCAUCUACACCCUCUCCGUCCUGGCCCAUCCCAAAACCCCCGUCUUGGAUGUCGCCAAAAAUCCGCUGUUGAACCUCCUGGUCAAGCACAGCAUCUACAAGCAGUUCAACGCUGGUGAGAACAAGCUCGAAGUCCAGCGCUCCAUCCGCGACAUCAAGAGCCUGGGCUACCGCGGGGUCCUCCUCGGAUAUGCCAAGGAGGUCCUUGUCGGCGAAAGCAAUGUCGAUCCCGCCGACGAGAAGGCCGCUCGCCAGGAAAUCCAGAUGUGGCUCGAUGGCACUCUCCAAACCGUCGAUAUGGCCCACGAGGGCGAUUUUGUCGCGCUCAAAUUCACCGGCAUGGGCGUGCAGGCCCUCCAGCACCUCCAGCAACAGGCCCCGCCCUCCGCCUUCAUGGACCAGGCCAUUCAGCAGGUGUGCGAUCUGGCCAUCUCGCGCAACGUGCGUCUCCUCGUCGAUGCCGAAGAGCAGGCCGUCCAGCCCGGUAUCGAGGAGUGGACCAUGAAGUACCAGAAGUACUGCAACUCUCAGACCCCCGGCCGCGCCAUCUUCUUCAACACCUACCAGGCCUAUCUCUGCUCCACCCCGGCCACCCUGGCCAAGCACCUCGAGAUCUCCCGCCGCGAGGGAUACACGCUGGGCGUGAAGCUCGUGCGUGGUGCCUAUCUCAAGACCGAGCCCCGUCAUCUCAUCUGGUCCACCAAGGAGGAGACCGACCAGUGCUACGACGGCGUGGUCGAGGCCCUCCUCACCCGUCGCUACAACACCAUGCUCCAGUCGUCCACCCACACCGAACUCCCCCCGGUCAACGUCAUCAUCGCCACCCACAACCGCGACUCUGUGCGCAAGGCCCACGCCAUCCGCAUGGAGCAGGCCGUCCGCGGCGAGGACCGCGGCGUCGAUCUCUCCUACGCCCAGCUGCAGGGCAUGGCCGAUGAGGUCAGCUGCGAGCUCCUCCAGGGCUUCCAGGACCAGGGCGCCAGCUCGUCCGCCGAGUCCCCGAAUGUCUACAAGCUGCUCACCUGGGGAAGCGUUAAGGAGUGCAUGGGCUUCCUGCUGCGUCGGGCGGUCGAAAACACCGAGGCGGUCGGUCGCACCAAGCAGUCGCAGGAGGCCAUGUUUGGCGAGCUGAAGCGCCGGACCAGAAAUAAACAUCAGAACCAGAUCUUCUAUCUACAAGUACUUAGCACGUAUCUAUCGAUCCCCAUAUCCGAUAUCCAUGCCGAGGCUCUAGUGCAUGGUGGGGUAUAUACCCCGUACCCGUCCGAGUCGGACUCAUCCUCCAACCUCAACAUCACCAUGCAUCUCCUCCCAGAGCCCGCCGUCGCGCAGCUCCUGCGCCAACUCACCCAAGAAGAAUGCCUUUCGUUCCUGCGCGCCCUCUCCGACGCCGUCGUGACGGUCUCCGCGCAAGAUUCCCGCCCUGAGCGCGACCGUCUGGUGCACCAGCCCCUCCGCACCACCAUCACCACCAAAGACGACAACCUCUCGCUCUUCAUGCCCGUCUCCAACACCACCACCACGGGGAUCAAAAUCGUCACCGCCUCGCAAUCCCACGGCAUCAUCGGCGUCAUCAACAUCUUUUCACCCGAAGGCAAACUCCUCGGCCUCCUCAGCGCCGCCGAAAUCACCGCCUUCCGCACCGCGCUAGCCAUCAUGACCCUCUUCGUGCGCUGCGUCCACCUCUCCCGCCGCCACGUCGUCAUCUUCGGCGCCGGCCGCCAGGCCGAAUGGCACGCCCGGUUAUGUCUACUCCUCACGGCGCAGGACGAAGUGCACACCAUCACCUUCGUCAACCGCAGCCGUCGCCGGCUGGACGAGAUGGGCGCCGCCAUCGCCGAGCUGCGCACUGCCUAUCCGCAUGUCGAGUUCGCGACGCUGGCGAAGGAGGACGCUCCGCGGUACGACGAGGAGUUGGCCGCUGCGCUGCGCCGCUGCGACGUCAUCUUUAGCUGCACCCCCGCUACGGAGCCGAAUUUCCCGUACGCGUGGCUGCAGCCGGCGAAGCCCCGGUUUAUUGGCCUGAUCGGCUCGUACAAGCCGCAUAUGCGCGAGAUCGAUACGGAGACGCUGCUCAGCGGCGGCGGCACCGUUUAUGUUGAUUCCCGCGAGGCGUGUCUGGAGGAGUCGGGGGAGCUGAUCGCGGCGGGGGUGCGGCCCGCGCAGCUCGUGGAGAUUGGGGAGUUGUAUGCCCGGCUGGGCGAGGGGGCGCUGGAUGUGCCGGACGGGCAGAAUGUCGUGUUCAAGUGUGUGGGUAUGGGCAUUAUGGAUUUGGUGGUCGGACGGAUGUUGCUGGAUGUCGGCAAGACGACGGGGUUAGGCAUGGAGGUGGAGGGUUUCUAG